AUGCCAACCACUGCGAUACCUGUACUUGCGUCCCGCAGGGGACAUCCUCCUGCUCCCAUGCGCCAUCCUGGCACCCGCUGGCUGCCCUCCUGGGCCUCCGGGCAUGGCACUCAGCCUGCCUCGGACUCCUCCUCUGGGCCCCCGGCCGCGUCCUCCCCGCCACCCACCCGGGGCCGACCAACCACCCAUGGGAGAAAGACAAUGUGCCCUUCGGAGGACCUAGUCAGAGAUGUGACGGUAUCCCGGAGAGGGGACUACCUGAACAUGGGGGAUGAUGGCGGGGACGUCCAGGCAUUUAGGGUGCGGCCUUGCAGUUGUGUUGGCUCUGCCAACAACCCGGCCGCCGACAACCCUCGUCCUCCUCCCCCUCCCUCCAACACUUCCCAUACCACCGCCGACACCACCCGCGCCACGCAUGGCACCAUGGGCCGGGCCGGGGGCAAGGAGGCCAUGAACCCGGCCCCCGACAAAAGGGGCUCAACAAGCAGCAAGUCGAGCACGGGUAGUGGCAGUGUGUUCCACACUGCAGGGUCCUUGAGCCUGCACAUUGUCCAGGGCCUACGCCACAGAAGAGGGCGCAGCCCUGGUCGUCACGAUUCGGCGCCCGCUGACGGUUGGGACGACAAGAAAGGAGGGCUUCUGCCACGGCCGAGCGCCAGUGACGUCUGUCAGAGAUCCCAAGUUCUGCAGCACCUUUUGAAAACAACUCUUCGACAGGUGUCGGGUGCGCUUGUCAAUGACGACUGCAUUUAA